GCCGAGAUGCCGGGCUGCACUUGUCUGGGCUGCGCAGCGAUGCAGGGCAACCUCGGUGCGACCGAGCUCCUCCUCUCCCGAGGCGCCGACACGAACGCGCGCAACGCACACGGCCGAACGCCGCUCAUGCUCGCCGCCUCCGUCGGGAACGAGUCCAUCGUCGCCGCGCUGCUGCGUGGCGGCGCCGAUCCGGGGGCGACGGACAGUUACGGCGGUAACGCCGCCACAGUCGCCGCAUCACACGGGCACCGGGCACUAGCAGACAGCCUG